AUGAAAAGGGGGCAGCUGGACGUCGGUGCGGCUAAUCUCGCAUCUCCAAGCGAAUCCAAGCCACGCCCCUUCUCCUCCACUCUUCAGGCCGAGCCACACGGUGUGCCUUUUUCUGUCAUUUUAACAUUGUCCUUUUUUUCCAUCAGUAUUAAUUAGUUUUAUCUUCCAGCUCAUAUCAACUAUAUCACUCUAAACACGUAAUAGUUCAAUGUGUUAUUUUAAAGCCAGUUUUUUGCAGUAAAAUUCUUCGUCACUUGCAGUCUUCCUAAUUUUCCUGUCAAUUUCUAAUAACUUUUUUUGUUAGAAACUACUCUUGAGAUUUUUAUUGUCUUUUGAAACAGUUACCAUUUCGACUUGGCUUCUGUGUACUGUCCUUUUUCAGCGAACUUCUACAUCAUGAUGAGAUGACAAAAGGAAAACGAACAAUGCUCAUUUUUUUCUUCGCGCUAGUCCUAGUGGCGGAAGUCUGGUCACAAGGACAGUACGAUGGUCCAGUUGGCGGACUGUGUAGUCCUUGUUCAGUCCCGUCUCGUUCACACAUCAUCUGGCUGCCAGCCAGCCGUCCUCCUUGUUUUCACCCAGGACUGCCCCUUCUCCGAUGGCCUACGUCGGAAAGUUGUCCGCAGCCACGCCGAGUUACUUCUCGAGCCGUGUCGGUCACCGAAGAUGGUCUUGUCUUGGCUAAAGAGAAGGUUUUUACUUUAUAUAACUUUCCUAUAUUGAAGUUAUUUGUGCACAACAUGGUCAUAAAAAGUUUCGUUUUCAGAUUUGCUUCUUCGAAGGUCCUGUGACUAUAGCAUAUCUGUACGAAUGUGAAGACCACCUUCUGAAUUCUUCUUUUCGACUAGCUCAUCCAGUUUUCUCAAGAAGAACUCGCGUUAAACGAUGGGCACGACGAAGAAAUCCAGACGCCAACAUUAUCCAUUUUCAACAAGAAAAGUAGUUAAUUUUCGAACCAAUAAACUCUUUUAUCUUUACCAAAAGAGUGAAUUCAAUCAAUUAACUGGCAGAUAUGUUCGAGAACUGAGGGAAGAUGCCGAACUGGACACUUUGGUGGUUUCUGUGAAGGCGUUGCACGCCUCGGAGCAGCCGGUGUACUAUUCGAUGGUGGCUCCACAGGACUCGCGCUCACAAAACCUCUUCACACUCGACACGGUAGAAAAACAGCUGGAAUUUGUGGAAAGAGAAGCUUCAGAUGAGCGGCGAAAUCCGAUUGGCCAAGAGCUUGGACAGGGAGGUUCUGGACAAGCACGUGCUGAAGGUGACCGCCUACGAAAGACUGGAUCCGACGAUUUCGGCGAGUUCCACGGUGGUCGUUCAUGUCAUCGACGUGCAGGACAACGCUCCUCUCUUCGAGAAAGACUCCUAUUUUGGGGAAAUUCGUGAGGAUGCUCCGGUGGGUAUCUUUAUGCUUUUUUCCCCCUAAAGUUUCCAUUAUUUGAAUCGGUAAGUUCCUUUAAUAAGUUUUUAUUAGGAUAAAUUUUUUUAAAUUUUCCCUAUCCUGGUGACUGAUAUGCUUUUUUUAUACCAUCAAUUUUUGAUUCAUUUCUUCUUCUUCUUCUUCUUGUUCCCUUUAGCUUAAAACUUCAAAAUUAAUGAGACUAAAAAAACCGUUAUGUUCCCCAAUCUUUUUAAAGGACUUAAUUUUUUCAGUUUGUUCGAGCUCUUUUUACUCCACUUCCCAAUUUUUUUUUGUUAAUGAUCCGAAUUAAAUCACUUUUCUUUUGCAACAUCGAGAUGGUAUGACGAUGCUGCAGGGGAGGGGAAAUUUUCAUAGAAAAAAACGUAGCCAAUGCAUAUUCUCAAGAAGUUUUCUUUACUGAAAAAAACAUGCUUCUCGCUUUCUUUUUCUUUUUUUGACGUACCCUCGAGUCUUUUUGGAGCAAGCGAGUCCGAAAAGGGAAGAAGAAUUGUCUCAUUGUGUGGUGCAUAUGCCUUCCACACAUCGAUCGCGCGACGCGCAGGUGAACCUUAAUUACGAGCAUCCUCGUCCCCCAAGCUGGUCCAGCAGCCUUGAUCAAGAGCAGGCUAUCGGCUUUUAGGUCCCAUCGUGAGAAGAAAUUUUGCCGACACAUUGAUCACUGUAGAAAGAUUUUAGUUGGGUGAAGAUCCUCAUAAAUGCUUUUGCAAUUCUGAAAUAAAAAAUAGGUCUUAUAUACAAAAAAAAAGCAACGGGAGAUUUUCUCAAGUUCAGUCUUGUAAAAUUUUUGAACAGUUCUCCGUAUCGCGUUUCCGGGAGAAUCCAUCAUAGUUAUUUUGGCCGAGAUAAUUAUUUCCUCGCUAAUUAUCGCAUAUUCCGUUGAGGUCAAUGACGCAGAAUUGUUUGAAAUUUUCUCGAUCGAAUGAUUUUUGUGUUUCGCUGAAAACGCUUCCGAUUUCAGUAAUUUAUACAAAAAAAAGCGGUUCGAAAAUGAUAGGUGAUAGAUUUAUAAUUCCCUCAAGGUUGAAAAAGAUCGAGAAUCCUUCUAAUUAAAAAAUGACUAUUUUGAAAAACGUUCUUUUUAGAUUUUUUUACUAUCAAUUUUAUGAAGUUCUCAUUCAAUUCCUUUUUUUUGUGCAAAUGUCGCAAAUAAUAGUUCAUUUAACGGCUGUUGUUAUGAUUUUAUGUUGAGCUGAAACUCGUGGAGAUAAAAAUACUCAUUAAGAGUGGCUACUUAGUAAAUCCAGGAUCACUUUGCUCUUCAGCUAUAGCUCGCCGUGAAAGUUCUGCGCAAACGAUGCGGCGAUACUUGCAUAUGUAAUUAGACGCGCUUCCCGCACUUUGGCAACACAGACGAGUAUUGUCGCGGCAGUUAAUCGAAUGCCGCGGCGGCCAAGGAAACGGCGAAUCAUAUUUUCGUGCGGCAAAACCCUAAUCCAAUCGUACCGCGAGAUUGGCGUGUGGGAUUGUUGUCGGCGCUUCCAUUAAUUACCCAAAUCGAGCAGAUUUGCUGGAUUUAUAGAGAGGCUGUUUGCACAUGUAGUUAUUGAAUUUGUUCGAAACUGGUUGACACAAAGCAACUUGAAAAGUGAUUGAAGAUCGGGACGACGGUGCUGUCGGUAUUUGCGAGGGAUCUGGAUGCUGGUGACAACGGCGAGGUACAAUAUUCCUUGGCAGAAGGCGACGGUCGCAACCUUCUGUCCAUCAAUGCCAAAUCCGGAGUUAUUCAGACGGCCGCACCUCUGGAUCGUGAAACCCUUUCUCUCAUCAGGUAAAACUUGAAGAAGACACAAAGGUAGUUAAGUUUGGUCAGAUUGGACGUGAUAGCAGCCGAUAAAGGCCUUCCGAAGCGGGAAACGACGGCACUCGUCGAAAUCUCCAUCUUGGACGUCAACGACAACGCACCGGUUUUCGAACAAGACUCCUACAACGUCACCAUCAACGAAAAUAUAACGUUGCCUGCGGUCAUUGCUAAAGUGAAAGCCGUUGACAAUGAUUUCGGAGAGAACGGUUCAGCAUCAAAUGCAGUCGUUUGAUAGUUGAGAAUAUUUCAGGAAAAGUGCACUAUAGUGUAGCGGUUCAGUCGGGAGUCUCCGUCAACAUCGACUACACGAGUGGUGACGUCACUCUCCGCGAGCGGAUCGACGCCAAGAAUUCUCCGUUGACCGUCGUCGUCAGAGCCAAAGACGGAGCCCAGCCUGCUCUUUCCAGCACCGUCGCCCUCACGAUCAACGUCGAAGACAUCAAUGACCAUGUGAGCUUUCGGAAGAGAGUUUCUCAGAAUAGAUAGUGAUGUUUUUCAGGCUCCAACUUUCAUCGCCGCUCAGAAAUCGAUAGUGAUCGACGAGGAUGAACCAGUUGGCGAGGAAAUUGGCCGCGUUUACGCCAUCGACCAAGACUCAGGCUCCAAUUCCAGAAUACAGUAAGGAGAUUUUCUAUUUAUUUUGAAUUUUUCACUUUGUCUAGAUAUUCUCUGAAUGGCACAGAAGAUUUUUUAAUUGACAUGGCCAGUGGCGUAAUUCGCACGGCGAAGUCAUUGGACCGAGAAGUGCAGGGGAAGUAUAAGCUGAAGGUCAGUUUCAGUUUUUCGUCUUAAACAAAGCCAAGAAAAAGUAUAGAUUGUGGCGUCGGACAUGGGAGUUCCGCCAUUGAGUGCCUUCACAGACAUUGACGUCAUCUUGAAAGACGUCAACGACAACGCUCCCAAGUUCUCCCAGGCUGAGUACAACGUCACCAUAUCCGAAGAAACUCCACCGGGAAGCCAAGUUUUCACGAAUUUUCAGAUCUGUGUUUAUUUGGGAUUUCAGAUCCUCGUUCUCAAAGCGGUGGACCGCGAUGAAGAACAGAAAAUAUUCUACCGGAUAGAAUCGACCGAAAGAAAAAACGUCUUCAACAUCCUGGACGUCGGCGAACAAGGCGCUAUUUUGAGCGUUUCUGGAGACUUGCAAGGCGUCGACCACCACAUCCGAAUCGAAAUCUCGGCCACAGACCAGGUAGGAGAAGCGUCCUCGGAAGGAUCUGUUGACGAAAAGUCUCAGGGAGGUCUACAAGGCCGAUGCGUGGUCAACGUUUUUGUCGAAGACGUCAACGCGCCGCCUUUCUUCAUGGAUCAUCCUUUCUCCAUCCGGAUUCCCGAACACUCGCCCAUCGGAUUCCCCGUCGUCUCAUUCAAGGUCCACAUGACGUCUCUUUUGUACUAGUUCGCAAAAGAAAGUUGCAAUUCUUAUUGAAAGCAAAACGAGACAAUGAAAUUCAAGGUAAAAUAUAGAAAAUCACUCAAAAGUCCGUAAUUGCACGAUUACUAUGGAAAAACGUAGCUGUCAUGAGCAGUUUUUCCCCUGAAUAAUCAUUCGAAAAACUGUCAAUUUGUAAACUGUACCUAUGUUACUUAUAAUUUGUUUUCCCUUAGCAUUCAAUUUCCAAAAUUUGAUAAGUUUCUACUUUUUAUGAACAGACUUUUAUGAAAUCAAAAUUGAUGGUUCUCAUUGCGCUUGUUUUUAUAAAUUCAAUGCCAAAUGAGGAAGAACAUAUUUUCACAAAUAGCACUGAACAUGCUCUCAAUAAGAAUUUAUAGGCCGAAGACAGAGACCGUGGUUCCAACGCUCACGUGAAAUAUUCCAUUGAGUCUGAAUACUUCAAAAUCAACGAAGUGAGUGGAGAGCUGACGGUCGGCGCAGACCUCGACAGAGAGGAGAAGGCGUCGUUGAACGUCGUCGUGACGGCUUCUGACUCGGCGACGACGCCGUUGAACGUCUCGACGACAAUUGAAGUGAUCUUGGACGACGGUGAGCCCAUUUUCCAUCAGUCAGUGUGCUCGGCAAAGGUGCCAGCCGGGAAAAAAACGGCGCUGUUUUGCUCAUUUCUCGCCGGCACGUUGGCGCUAAUUUCCGUAAAUAAUCGCGCGGCUUGAACAGCUGGCUGCUGCGGACGCCCUGUAUGUCGAAAGCCUUUUGAAAUGGCGGGCAACAGAAACAAAAUUGCCGCUUCCUGGCAGAAGACGUGAUUAGCAUUCGACGACGUCUCGCAUAAUAAUCACUCACUCAACCGCCGCCUUUUUAAGACAAUUGAGAACGAGCGUUCGCUUUCUUUUACAUGGAAAGAAGUCAAAAGAAGACCUUGAAAUGAGGUAAACACACCUUUCAGUCAACGAUAACCCACCGAAGUUCACAUCGCCACAUUAUGCAGCUUCGAUUUCUGAGGACAUACCUGUUGGAACGUCUUUCAUGCAGGUUACUAACAUUUUCUCGUAUAGUUGGAAAAAAGUUUUUUUUGGAAAUUUCUGUGCGAAAUCUUAUAGAAAUAUUAUCGCUUGCAGCAACGAUUGAGAUAUCAAAAACCAAAAAUUUUGAAUUUUUCUUUGAAAGUUUCCUUCGAAUGAAAAAUUUAACUUUCGGCUCUCAAUUUUCCAAUGCACAUUAGCUGGAGUUCCCAAUCGUCAAGUUUGCUUAGAACUUUCCGAAAACCAAUUUGAAAAAGCUUUGGAUGGAAGGAAUUCAUUUUAAAGAAGCGAUUGUAUUUGAAGGUGUCUGCGAUCGACAUCGACGUAGGAGCCAACGGAAUUGUCGACUACUACCUGAAUGACUCUACAAGUGCGCCAGGCAUCGAUUUGUUCCGGCUUGACCGCACCUCGGGCACCUUGAGAGUCAAUUCGAAACUCGACCGAGAAACCAAUCCGACGUGAGUUUGUCUAAAAGUCGAGCAGAGUUCCAAAACGAAAUGAAGCUUGCAAUUAGACAUGGCCGAUUGCGCCAUCGAGACCAAACACCUGGCGCGGAUUCGACGUCCAAAUGACCCUACGUGACCCUGGAUUUCUUUUUUUGACCCACUAGACACAAUUCCCAAUCUGUUCCUAUUUCUCCAUGCAAAUGGUCUCGCAGACUCAUGAAAACCUGAUUAGCGUGAGAGAUUUUGAGAAAACAGUGGAAAUAUGCUUAUGGGAAAAACGAAGAGGCCAAAACAACUUUCAGGAUUAUUCUGCCCAUCUUCGCCAGAGAUCGAGGCAAUCCGCCACUUUCUUCGUCUUCUCUCAUCACCUUGACGCUGACUGAUGUCAACGACAAUCCGCCCGUCUUCGAACAAUCUUCUUACGACCUCUACAUCACUGAAAACUCGCCCGUCGGCACUACAGUUGGUCAGUUAUUUGCCUACUUCGGUAUAAAUUGAGAUUCAUAAAUGAGAGAAAAAACUGAAACAGUUGAAUAAACUCAUUUAGAUUCUCAUCAUGUUUCGAAUGAAAAAAAACUCUUAACUUAACAUAAUUUUAGAGGAGGAUAAAUAAAAAGAGGUAAAAACUGAAAUUCCCGACUAUAAAAAUAGUUUAACUGUUACGUUCAUGAUUUUCCGAAUUUCAAGGUUAACUAAAUUCUUUAAGGAACAAUUGUUGCUCGAGAUCCUGACGAAGGGUCAAACUCUGACAUAUCGUUCAGGAUUUUUGGUGGAGCAGAUGCAAAACUUUUUGAUAUUGAAGGUUAGAAAAAAGAAUAGAAUAUUACCUGAAAAAGAAAAAAAUUGCAGUUGAUUCUGAACAGAAAGGAGUCGUGCGGGUUUUGAGUAGAGCCGAGUUUGACUACGAAGCCAAAGCGAACAAGUUCUUCUUGGAAAUUCAAGCGAGCAGGUUGGUGAGGGAAUCUUGGGCGAUGGUUUAUCUUCUGUGCUGCAGUGAGCAGCUCAGUUCUACUGUGCCCGUACGGAUCCACGUUUCGGACGUCAACGACAACAAACCGACGCUGAAGGACUUCGUCGUCCUCGUCAACAGAUUCCACGACGCCGUCUCCUAUCCCAAACAGAUUGCCUACAUUCCCGCUUUGUCAGCUUUUCCUAUUGUCUGGACUUGAAUUGAGAAUAUGUUCAGUUAUGCGCUAAGUGGAAGAGAGCUGGUUAUAUUGAAAAGCUGGGAAAUGUUUUUUAGUUUGUGUGCUCUAGCUUGGCUCAUACAGAAAAACCGCAGUUUAGCAAGGAAACUCGUUUGAAUUUGCACCGUGGAAGUUUUCUCACUUCCUGCCUAUUAUAGCCUGGAAAAUAGUUUUUGGAAGUUUAAAACUCUGUGUUAUUUACACUUAUUCAACAUGAUGCAGAAAAUAGGAUUUUAUUCAGUGAUCCUGAUCAAAAUGCGACGCUCGAAUUCUUCCUCGAACAGAAUGAACUACUGGAAACAGACAAGUACACUGGAAAGUUGACGCUGAAAAACGAGUGGAAACGCAAUAUCGACACUUCGCUCAAAGCCUGCGUUUCUGGUUGGUUUCAAUGAAACGAUUCUUUGGUUUUUUGUAGCCUGAAAAAAUUGAACCAUCGUUCCUCCUUUCAUAAUUACUUUUUGCAGAUGGAGCAAACACAGAAUGUUCAAAAUGCCGGUUUAUCCACGUGGUCGUCGAAGAGGAAUGGCUUCGGGAAAGCCUAACUCUGGCCAUUUCUGGAAUAACUAUCGAUGAUUUCUGGGAUCCCGACUCUUUCCAAAGAUUAAGGUACAUUCUUCUCAUCAACUUUUUCAACACGAAAAAUUUGAAAAAAAAGAGACCACGUUUUGAGUGAAAUUCCGAAAAUGGAAGUUUUUUUUUCUGUUCAUAGCGACCCCUUCGCAGCCGUUUGAGCCAUUCGCGAAAAACCAUUUCAACUCGUUCCGAAUCAGCUAUAAGAGGAUAUUUCCAAGUUCAUUUUGUAGGGACGCGAUCUCGACCCUGAGCAAUUGGAAGUCUUCUGACGUCCAUGUGAUAAGCGCAUCACGUCAUUCAGAAGACGUCGUCCACGCGAGUAUCGUCGUCGUCGAGCGCGGCAGGCCUGUGCGGUAAGACUCCAAAGAAAGAAGCUAGUUGGGCGGCAGAUCUCGAGUGUUUUCUCACGUUGACGUCGUUUGGCGGCUUUUUAAUUAAAUGAGGGAAGCACUCGAACACGCGUGUUAAAUCAAGAGCUUGUACACGACCAGAAAUUUUAAUUCUGGGUCCGGAACCUUUGUUCAUCGGGAAUACAGAGCAAAAAGAAGGAGUAACUAUUUUUGGCUUUUCAACCAACUUCAAUUUUCCAGGAUUAGAAAACAGUUUUCGAAAUGUUUUUUCUAUCAAAUCUGACUCAGAAAGAAAAUUAUCAUAUGCAAAAGAAUAUGAUAUAUUUCAUGUCUUAGAGCCUAAUCUCUGAAAAAAAAAAACGACUAUGUUUAGGCAGAGUUCUGGAAAAAAAUUGCUGAUUCUAUUAUUAAUUGAAUGUUUUUGCUAAAAAAAGUAAUUUUUCAUAAUAAUGCUAUGUGUGAGAGAAUGAUUCGAUUUUCAGAAAUUCCGCCGAAAACCGUAACUGACAUUCAAAAAAUCGAGGACUUUCAGAGGUUGGCGGAUGGUGGAGCUGAUAAAGGAGUCGCUGAAAAAGUUGGCGCGCAUGACGUUGCUGACGAUGGAGGUGGUGCGGGACGAGUCGUGCUCCAAAGAGCCUUGUUCUCACUUCCACAAGUGCCGCCAGACGCUCAAGUUCAUCGGGGACAUGCAGGUUGGUGCGAUGCGAAGCGACUGGCACCGAAGCCGCCAAAUGCGUUUUGACAUCGAAUGAGAGCUUCCAUCUGAGGCCUUUAUGCUCGCUCCGAAAAUUUGUACUAGAUCCAUCAACGGUUUUACGAUGCUUUUUCAACAAAGACACUGGUUCCUCAAUAUUCAACAAACAAAAUGUAACGUCGAAUAGUCUUAAUUAGAGUUGUCCACUUCGUUGAAGAUGCUAUGAAAAAUUCACUAUGCAACUCAAUUACCGCGUCUCGUCUAAGUAAUUACGAUCGAAGCCGUUCCAAUACUUGUUCACCUAUUCAUGAAAUUAGUUAAAAAUGGAAAAUAAAAUUUUCCUUGUUUCGACUUAAAAUCUAUGGGAUCGAAAUAAUUUCAAUUUAAAUAAAGACCGUAGGAUCCUGAGUAUGACUUAAAUUUUGUUCAGAACUUGACUGACCUGACUGGAAACUUUUAAUAUAUCUGAGGUUUGAUAGAGUUCCAGCAUCGGAAAUAGUAGGGGGCCGAAGAGAAUGGAGAUUGAGUUAUUUAUUUGUUGUUGAAACCAAAUCCUUGAAAAUCGAAGAAAUAGAAAAAUUCUCAAUUCGUUUGAGAGAACCUCCAUCUGAUUAUUAUUUGAAUUGAAAAAGAAACUGACUCAGUUUGAAAAUGUAAUUUGACCUUUUUAGACACAUGAAACGGACAACUUCAUAGCACGAACGCUCAAGACUGUCGACACGUUUGUUUGCGAAUGUCCUCCAGGAUUCACCAGUCCGUAAUUUCAUACCAAAACAUCAGACAUGCAAACAAGUCCUGGAAUAAUUGUAAAAAGAAAGAUUUUCAGGCUCCGACGGACGAGGACUGUGCGACGUGCGUCUGGACGAGUGCUACCAGGCCAAAUGCGCCAACAACGGGACUUGCGUGCCUCUGGAGGACGGCUACCGUUGCUCGUGUGCCGCCGGCUGGCUGGGUCCGUUCCUUCCCCAUUUGGGUGUUCCUUUACACGACGCUCCGGUGUCGGCGUGUUUGUCCUGGGCAGAUGGCCAAUUUCGCCUCGUCCAGCCUCAUUUCGCAACUAAAAAUGAACUCGGGGGCCGCAUUCGUAAAUUGCCUUUUUUCCAAGAUGAGAUGAGACGUCAAAAAUUGAAAUGAAGUGGAGUAGCCAAGGGAAUAAAAAUUUAUGUAGCUUGAAAAAUCUUUACGUUUGACAGAGUUUUUGUUUAUAUAUUCAACGCAAAAAAAAAAAUUGUGGUGCCAGUUCUAGUGUAAGAGUUGAAAAAGUGAGGACUUUAAUAUAAUAUUAUUUAUUUACAGGCAGGACAAAAUAACAUGUACAGAAAAAAAAAAAAAGAAAAAUUUGGCAUUAAGCCUGAAAUAAAUAAAUAAAAGGCACUUGAGGCCCUCACGAGCCUCUGA